AUGCAUAGUCGGACCUAUCUUUUCACUCUAUGCCAAGCAGCAUGGCAGAUUCGUUGUGCAACGGCUUCUGUGUAUCAGAGUCGUAUUCAGGAAACUGGUACUGUUUUUCCAGCACCCGCUGAAUAUGGUACCUGGCAGAUGGUGUCCUACGGGGAACAGUGGGAUAAUUAUGUUUACACCUUACCCGCUCUCGCCUAUAUCCAAACCAUCGGAACAAGCUCUGGCAACGUUGAGGUGCAGAUCGCCCCAACCGACUACGGAUAUAUCGCGAUCGACCAAGCCGCUAUGUUCACUCUGCAGGACGACGGAGUGUGGGAGCUGGCGGAUUACGAUAACGAUGGAACGCUAGACCUGAUCUACAUCCAGAACCGAAACACCGACUCCGGCAAGGUGGAGGUUAGCGUUGCGUCUGGCGCAACAAACUUCCAAUCCUACCUCUUGGAGAAUACUCAGACAGUGUUCGAUGUGCAGGUCAACGGCCGCUGGCAGAUGCUCGAUCUCGACAGUGACGGCACUCUUGACCUUAUCUACAUCCAGAACAGCAACACGGCCUCCAACUACGCUGAAGUCUUUGUUGCGUCGGGGGCUUCUAAAUACACCACGCUCAUUAGCCAGACGGAGUCAAGUCUCUCUAUUAGCAACGAUGGCACCUGGCUCCUGGCUGACUGGGAUAUGGAUGGAUCCUAUGACCUGUUUUACAUCCAAAACAUCAACACAGCCUCUGGUUUUGUCGAAGUGAAUGUUGCUUCAGGCGCGUCCGGCUAUCAGACUAUCAUUCAGAGUGUCCCUACUACCUUUGCUGUCGAGAACAAUGGGUCCUGGAUGAUGUACGACUGGGACAGUGAUAAUGUUCUGGACCUUAUUUAUAUCAAGCAGGAUGAAACUGCGGGCUCGGUUGAGGUCCAUGUCGCCUCCGGUUCAGACUAG